CUGCACCCGACAGGUACAUAACAUAGGUAAUGUGAUCCAAGUACACAGAGACAUAACUGUGCUGGAGUUUAGCUGGGAAAGGCGACCUCCAUUAUUGUCAGAACUAAGCACCAAGAGUUUAGAUGAUGGACCCCCCAUACCAGUGCCCAGGAUGUGAUGCGAUGUGACCUGUGCGAGACCGCCAUGGUACAGAUGUACUGUGAUACGUGCCUCAUCAACCUGUGUAAGGCCUGCGUGGGAGAACACACAUUUUCUGAUGAAUCCAAGAAGCAUGAAAUUCUAAGGUUUCAAAAAUCCACCCCCUUCUACCCUGGCUGUACCUCUCAUGACAAAAAACGUUGUGAAAUGUUCUGUAAUCAGUGUCAUAUUCCAGUCUGUGUUACUUGUGUUGCAUCAAAUCAACACUUAGGUCACGAAUUAUCAAAAAUCUUAGAGGUGCUGGAUAAAAAGAAAGAAAAGAUCAUGAAAGAAAAAAACAAACUGAAUGAAACAAUUUUUCCAGUUUACCAGAGUAUUGCAUCUGAAGUACAAAACAGAAUCAGUCAGUUAGAAAAGGAAUACGGAGAUCUCUCAACAGCCAUAACAAAACAUGGAGAGCACUGGCACAGAGAAAUUGACAAACUUGUCCAGAAACUGAAAGCUGACGUGGAGGAGAUGAAAACCACACAGUUACACACUCUACAGAAACAUCUGGAUGAAGUUAACAUGAAAAUCUCUGACAUUAAUGAUGAAAUUGAAUCAGCUGAUGGUGCUUUGGACUCUUAUGACAUUUCUACAGUACUGAGUGUCACGCCUAAUGUAGAUCAAUAUAAAGAUCUUCCACAAAAAAUAGAGCCACCUUCACCUAAAUUCAGCCUAGGAGGAAUUCAAGAUGAAGAACUCGGUAAACUGUUUGGAUCUUUAUCAUCAAUUUCUGUCCAAUCAGAAGAACAUGGUUACAAUAUAAAGACAACACAGAAAUCCCCAGAAGCUUCUCCUGUCAUCAAACAGCUGCUUGAUCAACCACAGACUGUCACCACCAUACACACUGAGCAUAGAAAACUUCACAAUGUGACCUGUCUGAAUGAUGAAGAAAUCUGGACAUGUGGAGAUGGCAGCACCAUGAAACUCUUUAGUAUCAAUCGGGGAUCACUACUCAAAUCAAUGAGAACCAAGACAGGGAACAGUCCACAGGACAUCGCAAUGACGAACAGUGGGAACCUGGUUUAUACUGAUCACUGGGAUAGUACUGUGAACAUCGUGAAGAAUGAAGAGAUACAGACCAUGAUCAGACUACAGAACUGGAAACCUCUCUAUGUCUGCAGUACCUCCACUGGUGACCUCCUGGUUACCAUGAACAGUAAUGAUUACAAACAAUCCAAAAUUGUCCGUUACUCUGACUCCACAGAGACACAAACCAUUCAGUUUGAUGAUCAGGGACGUCCUCUCUUUUCAUCUACCGAUAAUCCUUAUAAUUUUUGCCCUAAAUACAUCAGUGAGAACAGAAACCUGGAUAUCUGUGUGGCUGACAGUGGAGCUAGAGCAGUAAUGGUGGUCAAUCAGGCCGAGAAACUGAGAUUUAGGUACACUGGACAUACUCCUACUCCAAAGAACAAUCUAUUCAGACCACGAGGAAUCACCACAGACAAUCAGAGUCACAUCCUUACAACCGAUGAUAAAAAUCACUGUGUCCACAUCAUAGACCAGGAUGGUCAGUUCCUCUGUUACAUAGACUGUAGAGUGAAUGAACCCGAGGGACUGUGUACAGAUUCAAAGGACAAUCUGUUUGUUGCUCAAUAUAGAAACAAACAAGUGAAGAAAAUCAAAUAUCUGCAGUGAAAUCCAACAUCAGUGGUGAAGAUAGCAAAAGAUCAUAAAUCAUUCAAUCUUCUAUCCUAGACGGACUUCCUGGGGUUGUGCAUCAUCGCGUCUAUCCAGACUUUGCCCUGGUGGACUGACUUAAGAUGUCAAUGUGGGCCACAGAAACCCUGCCAUAGCUGUAUGACUAGGAACUUAUUUAAGAUUUAGUACAUUCACAACUAUAUUGUAAUAUUCAACAUGUGCAAGAAAAUUAAAGCAUGACUCAAUAAAUAGAGAAACUAAUUUAUAA